AUGUCUUCCGAUUCCAAAGUUCAAGCGAUCGUACGAGCCCUGGCUGGCACGUACGCCUUGAUCAAUAGCACUGCCAUUUUGAAUGGCGUUGCUGUUCCCGACCUCGCAUUUGGCGACGAUCCUGUUGGACUCUUAACAUACACUCCUUCAGGCUUCAUGUCACUCAACAUUGCCGCCACUCAAUCACAAUACCGCCCCGCCAAUCUUACCUUUCCUUACAACGAAACCGACUCAAACCAAGACUGGGCUCUCGUAGGACAACACACACUAUCCUACGCAGGACCAUGGGGCGUGUCUCACGACGAUUCAACCACUGAGAAAUCCGGAUCCUUGGUCCACGGCCCAAUCUGGGUGGCAAAUGUACCCAAAUGGACUGGAAUCGAGGAACACAGCAACUACUCUGUUCACGAAACCAAAUCGAGCGAGGGCUUUCCCAAGGGCACCAAAUUGCUGAGGAUGGAGUCGAAAUGGGACAAUGGCAAUGAGGGUGUACUCUGGUGGCGAAGAGUUGAUGGCAGCACUGAUGAGAAUGAUAAUUGGAUUCCGAAUUCACUUAUCAAUGGAUCACCGCUGAAAGAGGCGGAUGAGGGGAAGUAGAACGACUGUGCGGGAUUGCAUGUCGUUGCGGACCGGCGAGAGGUCGAAUUCGAUUCUUGUACCAUUAUUUCUAUGAUUGCCAGCUGUGCUGUGCGUGCCCG